AUGUUAAAUCAAAUCAAGAAUGGGACCCACCUGCCCUUUCUCUCUCUCUGCAAAAAACCCACUUCCCCACCAUUGGCCACCAUUUGGCAACCAACAACCAUAACCUCCUUUCCUGUUCAGAUAACCAACCACCACCACCUUUUAUGUUGCAAGGAAGGCUGGAAAACCGCCAUCCACCACCUUCAUCGGCGAGAAAACCACCCAAAACCACCGCCAAUGUUGAUUCCGACCACCACCGAGUUCCCCCUCCUCCCCCACUUGUGUCUCCAUCCAAUUAAAACAGAAGAGAAGCGACAGAAGGCUGUCAGAGCAGUUCCCUGUCGCACGCCACCGCAAAUCGCUGCCAUUCGUUGCUGUUGCCGCCGACAACCACUGUUGUCCGCUGCUGCUGCCGUUGCUGGUAAGCCAUCCAUCCCCUCAUUCCGUGUAGAUUGGUUGUUUCCCCUUGAUCCGUUUCAUCAGUCGAAUCGAGGUAAGGAAGAAACAGAGAGAAUAGUCGAGAAUGGUGGUGCAGACCCCGACGAAUCCCAUCAUUUUCCCGCCGGCGCCACCGCGGUUGACUCGUCGUCAAACUUUCCGAUGGAUACCGACGGACGUCAUCAGCAGCUAAUCAACCUUUCCAAGCUACAAUCGCGAAUGGACCACGUUCAACGCUUCCUCUCCGAUUCACUCAACACCAAUACCAUCAUCGGAGAAUCGCAGAUGGAGAUUGUCUCCAAGGAGAUCACUUCCACCAUCAACCAAGUAAUCGUCAAUGGAGCCGCCCUCCUUUCCUGCACCGGACUCCCAAAAUCAAAAUCAGAAACCCCCAAUCUUUCCGUACGGACGACAAGUUUGACUUUUGAUUCGAAACACUCACCGGAAUCCGAUUUGAUUCUGAAUCAUUUGAAGCACGAUGUUGAUUUAGGGGUUCCGAAAACCGAGGUUUUCGGUGAAGAAAUUAGAGACGACGAUUGGGAUAUUGUGGAGCUUGAUGCUGUGGAGCUCCUAGCAGAACACUUACAUUUCUGUGAAUUAUGCGGUAAGGGUUUCAAACGAGAUGCGAAUCUUCGAAUGCACAUGAGAGCUCAUGGCAACAAGUUCAAAACCCUAGAGGCGCUUUCGAAGCCUGAGAAAUCAGGACUGUCUUCUUCUUCUGAGUUGACUCGUGGUGGUAGAACGCGGUUUUCGUGCCCAUUUGCUGGUUGUACCCGAAACAAGCUGCACAAAAAGUUCAGACCUUUGAAAUCUGUGAUCUGUGUGAAGAAUCACUUCAAGAGAAGUCAUUGCCCCAAGAUGUAUUCCUGCAAUCGAUGCCAUAAGAAGAACUUUUCUGUGCUUGCUGAUCUGAAAAGCCAUUUGAAGCAUUGUGGGGAGACAAAAUGGAAGUGCUCAUGUGGGACAAGUUUUUCAAGAAAGGAUAAGUUGUUUGGGCACAUGGCUCUCUUUGAGGGACACAUGCCUGCCAUGCCGGAAGAGUUGGUGGUGGAGGAGGAUGAGAAAGCAAAAGGGGUGGCACCGGCACCGGCACCAGCACCAGCACCAGCACUGGCGGCAGUGGUGGUGGAAGAUGCAGAAGGUGGUGGUGGAUGUAAGGUUGUGAAGGGGAUGGAUUGGAUCGAUAACACCAUGGAUGAUGGUUUUUUCGAUGGAUUGGGUUCACUUGAUGAUGACUUUUGCAUGCAGGAGCUUCUUGUUUCUUCUAAUGGAUGUUUCGAUUGGAAUUUGUAG